CGCAAGAUCACAUCUCGCUCGCUUUUGCCUGCCUUCCACAGUCAACCUUUGGUCAUCCAACGGCAACAUGCUUCGAAAGAUCGCACCACUGCUCCGAUCUGCCAAGGAGUCCUUUUCGACGACCGCCGCCUCAAAGAACAUUUCUUUUGAAUUGAAUGACACUCAGAAAGACUUCCAAGAGCUUGCAACGAAAUUUACCAGAGAAGAAAUCAUUCCAGUGGCUGCAGAAUACGAUCGUACUGGAAAUUACCCCUGGGACAUUAUUAAAAAAGCUUGGGGACUUGGUCUUUUGAAUCAGCAUAUUCCCCAGAGCGUUGGUGGACUUGAAUUGAGUUUAUUUGAUUGUUGCGUUGUCAGCGAAGCUAUUGCUUAUGGUUGUACAGGUAUAGAAACUGCUUUGGAGGCAUCAGGUCUAGCGCAAACCCCUGUAAUUUUGGCUGGAAAUAAGAAACAGCAGAAAAAGUAUCUUGGCCGAUUAAUUGAAGAACCUAUUGUUGCGGCAUACUGCGUGACGGAACCAGGCGCAGGCUCAGAUGUUGCCGGUGUCAAAACCAAGGCCGAAAAAAAAGGCAAGGAAUGGAUACUAAAUGGAACAAAAGCGUGGAUCACUAAUGGAGGUGUUGCAAACUGGUAUUUUGUCUUAGCUAGAUCAAAUCCUGAUCCAAAAGCUCCAGCCAGUAAAGCUUUUACAGCAUUUAUUGUUGAACGGGAAUGGGAAGGGGUGCAGCCUGGGCGCAAGGAAAUAAACAUGGGUCAAAGAGCUUCUGAUACUCGUAUGGUAACGUUUGAAGAUGUCAGGAUUCCAGAAGAAAAUGUAUUACUUGGAGAAGGGGCUGGAUUCAAAAUUGCCAUGGGAACAUUUGAUAAAACCAGACCAGCGGUCGCUUGUGGAGCUGUUGGCUUAGCUCAAAGAGCUUUGGAUGAAGCAACAAAGUAUUCUUUAGAGCGUAAAACUUUCAACAAGCCGAUUGCCGAACACCAAGCAGUAGCUUUCAUGCUGGCGGACAUGGCGAUUGGUAUCGAGACGGCGAGACUUGCCUGGAUGAAAGCUGCCUGGGCUCUCGACAACAACGACCCAGCUAAAAGUAUGUUGGCUAGUAUUGCAAAAUGUUACGCUGCAGAUGUGGCUAACAAGUGUGCAACCGAUGCUGUUCAGGUGUUUGGCGGAGCUGGCUUUAAUUCAGAAUAUCCAGUAGAAAAAUUAAUGAGGGAUGCCAAAAUCUAUCAUCUUUACGAAGGAACUGCACAAAUUCAGAGACUGAUUAUUUCCAGACAGCUUUUCUCGAAUUUCAUACAAAAAGAAAAAUAAAUAUAAUUUUCUUUUAAACCUUGAUGAA